CAUUUAUGGCUUUUCUAACUCACAUUAAUUACUUGUUCAUUGUUUUGCUUAUAUUUUGCAGUUUCUAUUUGGGUCUAAGCUCUGUGAAUGAUACUAUAACAUCAACCAGAUCCAUCAGUGACCCUGAGACAAUAAGCUCAAACAACAGUGACUUCAAGCUAGGAUUCUUCAGCCCUGAAAAUUCCACACAUCGCUAUGUAGCAAUCUGGUAUCUCUCUGAAUCCUACGUUAUAUGGAUAGCCAACAGAGACCAACCACUUAAUGAUUCAUCUGGGGUGUUCAAAAUUCACAAGGAUGGAAACCUUGUAGUGUUGAAUGGUCAAAAUCAUGUCAUAUGGUCAACAAAUGUGUCAAUUAAUGGUACCAAUUCAAGUGCUCAACUUGAUGAUUCAGGAAAUUUGAUCCUGCGUGAUGACACAAGUGGAACAACAAUAUGGGACAGUUUCACACACCCUGCUGAUGCUGCAGUCCCCCAAAUGAAAAUUGCAGCCAAUAGGGUGACAGGUAAGAAAAUUGAGUAUGUGUCAAGGAAAAGUAGUUCUGAUCCAUCUUCUGGGUACUUCACUGGUAGCCUUGAGCGUUUGGAUGCUCCAGAAGUGUUUUUUUGGUAUAAUAAAACUAGACCAUAUUGGAGAACUGGUCCAUGGAAUGGAAGGGUCUUCCUUGGUUCACCAAGGAUGUUAACUGAGUAUUUAUAUGGGUGGCGUUUGGAUCAUGAUAAUGAUGGAACUGUUUAUCUAACUUACAGUUUUGCAGACCCUUCUGCCUUUGGAAUCCUGUCCUUGACCCCAUAUGGCACACUUAAAUUGGUGAGGUUUUUGAACAAAAAGGAGUUUGUGACACUUGAGGUAGAUCAAAAUGAAUGUGACAUUUAUGGUAAAUGUGGGCCUUUAGGAAAAUGUGAUAAUUCAAGCACACCAAUUUGUAGCUGUUUAGAGGGGUUUGAGCCCAGGAAUCCUGAGGAAUGGAAUAGGAAAAAUUGGACUAGUGGGUGUGUGAGGAAUGUACCAUUGAAUUGUGAAAAAAUGAAAAAUGGAAGUGAAGUGCAACAAGAUGGGUUUGGGGUGUACUAUAAUAUGAAAGUGCCUGACUUCGCUGAGAGAUCAGAUGGUAACCAAGACAAAUGCGGAACAGAUUGCUUAGCAAAUUGCUCUUGCUUGGCAUAUGCAUAUGAUCCUUAUAUUGGAUGCAUGUAUUGGAGUAGAGACUUGAUUGAUUUGCAGAAAUUUCCAUACGGGGGUGUUGAUCUCUUCAUUCGUGUGCCAUCACAACUUCUUGUUACCGGUAAAAAGGGAAGAGAAUACAAGGCAUUAAUCAUCGCCAUUGCUGGGGCAAUUGGAGCAUUAACCAUAGCUGUCACUGCUUAUUUUUUGUGGCGGAAACGUACUACUCCUAAGCAUAAAGGUAAAGUUCCUCAAAACUUGAUUACCGAAAACCAAAGACAAAUUAAACUAGAUGAAUUGCCACUAUUUGAUUUUGAAAAGCUAGCAACUGCUACAAACAACUUUCACUUCGGUAAUAUGCUUGGCAAGGGAGGUUUUGGUCCAGUAUACAAGGGACAAUUGGAAGAUGGUCAAGAAAUUGCUGUAAAAAGACUUUCAAAAGCAUCUGGACAAGGAUUAGAAGAAUUCAUGAAUGAAGUAGUAGUGAUUUCUAAACUUCAACAUCGGAAUCUUGUAAGACUUCUUGGUUGUUGUGUUGAACGAGAUGAACAAAUGUUGGUCUAUGAGUUUAUGCCAAAUAAAAGUUUGGAUUCGUUUCUCUUUGAUCCACUGCAAAGGAAAGUUUUAAAUUGGAGUAGGCGCUUCAACAUUAUUGAAGGAAUUGCACGAGGUAUACUUUAUCUUCAUAGAGACUCAAGACUAAGGAUUAUACACAGGGAUCUUAAAGCAAGUAACAUCUUACUAGAUAGUGAGAUGAAUCCUAAAAUAUCAGACUUUGGUUUAGCCAGAAUUGUUAGAGGUGGUGAUGAAGAUGAAGCUAACACAAGAAGAGUUGUUGGAACUUAUGGUUAUAUGCCGCCUGAAUAUGCAAUGGAGGGGCUUUUCUCAGAAAAAUCAGAUGUUUACAGCUUUGGAGUUUUAUUGCUAGAGAUUGUGAGUGGACGAAGAAAUACAAGCUUUUAUAACAAUGAGCAAUCGCUUAGCCUUGUUGGAUUUGCAUGGAAACUAUGGAAUGAAGGCAACAUUAUGUCUUUAAUAGAUUCAGAGAUAUGGGAUCCAACGUUCGAAAGUAGUAUGUUGAAAUGCAUACACAUAGGACUUUUAUGUGUGCAAGAACUUACAAGAGAAAGACCAACUAUAUCCACGGUGGUUUUGAUGCUCAUUAGUGAAAUUACUCACCUUCCUCCUCCAAGGCAAGUUGCAUUUGUUCAAAAGCAAAAUUAUCGAAGUUCAAAGUCUUCUCAAAAUAGUCAAUCUAGUUCAAAUAAUAAUGUAACGCUCAGUGAAAUCCAAGGUAGGUAA